UUCACCUGUAAAAACGUCAUACACAGCAAUCGACCGCGAGCAUUAUAAAGCUUUGUAUUGAGAACAGUGUGCAGUACACCGCACAUGCAACAUCGAAGCUAGGGAAGAGUACAAAAUAAAUUGGCACCGAAGAAAACUAGUUAAGUUUUGUGGGAUUGAGGCUUAAUUUUUCCCAGUGACCCACCGGUGAUCUUGGCCCUUCGGACUCGUCGACAUGGACAACCCAGACGUACCGAUCGGGCAGACGAACGACCUUGCUACUCUUGGGAACUUGGAUGAGAAAAUCCUCCUGGGCGAGCUGAAAUACAGAUACAACCACGACAAAAUCUAUACAUAUGUUGGUGAUAUCCUUGUGGCAAUCAAUCCAUUUAGGGAUCUUGGCAUCUGUGGUCAGAAACAUGCAGAAAUGUACAAAAACAAAAUCAGGGUGGACAACCCACCGCACAUCUUUGCAGUGUCGGAUGCGGCGUACCAGUCGAUGCUCACAGGCAGCGCUGUCAGUGGCAAGAAGAAUCAAUGCGUCGUUAUCAGUGGUGAGAGUGGAGCUGGCAAAACAGAGAGCACCAAAUUUAUCAUCAAGCAAGUCAUCGAGCUGUGCAAAGGGAAGUCGCAACUAGAACAACAAAUUCUGCAGGUGAAUCCCCUCCUAGAAGCCUUUGGUAAUGCACAGACCACCAUGAAUGACAACUCUAGCAGGUUCGGCAAAUAUAUCCAGCUCAAGUUUAAGGACGGAAAAGUAAUGGGUGCGAAGAUUUCCGAGUAUCUGCUGGAGAAAUCCAGAGUCGUUUUCCAGAACAAAGGAGAGGAGAACUUCCACAUCUUCUACUACAUGCUGGCGGGAUUGACUCCUGAACAGCAGAAGAAAUACAAGAUGCAAGCCGCUGACAAGUACAAUUACUUGACAAAUGGGCCAAGCAGCGCCAAAACAAAGCAAACAAAAAUGAAGGACAUGCUGGCUGAAUUGAGCAAUGCCAUGGAUUUGGUUGGCUUUCUGGACGAGGAGCAAGACGAGAUGUACUCUGUCUUGGCUGCUACGUUGAUGAUGGGACAAAUCCAGUUGGAUGCAAACGAAGAUGAUGCCGCAUUCAUCAAAGGAUCGGAUCAAGCUGUGUCCGCAGUCGCAGAACUGAUUGGGAUAAAUGACGAGGAGCUGAAGCAAGUGUUGACCUUUAACCUCAGCUCGGCAAGAGGGGAUGUGUUUCAGAGGAACUACACCAAACAUCAGGCUCUAGAUGCACGUGAUGCCAUGACCAAGACACUGUAUGGACGUCUCUUCAGUUGGAUCGUCAAUAAAGUCAAUCAGCUCUUAGCUCCGGAAUUAUCACUGCACGUAUCGGAUACGACUGAAAUUGGUAUUCUGGAUAUAUUUGGCUUUGAGCAGUUUCAGACCAACAGCUUUGAGCAGAUGUGCAUUAAUCUAGCCAAUGAACAACUGCAGUACUUCUUCAAUCAGCACAUCUUCCUGCUGGAACAGGAAGAAUACAAGAAUGAAGGAAUUGACUGGACCUAUGUUCCCUUUGUCAACAAUCAAUCGCUUCUGGAUCUGUUCCUUGCCAAGCCCAUUGGUGUCUUGGGUCUCCUGGAUGAGGAAUGUCUCUUCCCCAAGGCCACCGAUCACACCUUUGUCGAGAAGCUCAACCAGAACUUUGCCCGCAAUCACCACUUCAUCAAGGCCAAGAAUGCCACCAGUAACAACUUCAGCAUUGACCACUAUGCAGGCAGGGUGGAGUACACUGCCAAUCUCUUCUUGGAGAAGAACCGCGACACACUACCAUCUAAGGUCAUGCAGAUGCUACGAACUAGCACCAACGAUCUGGUCAGCCAGAUAUUCAGAGGAACUGUCACCAGAACAGGAACUCUAGCCUUGCAGAGCCGGCGCAGGAGAACUCGCAAGUCAGCCAGACCAAAGCUUGGAACCCGGGCAACUGUCAAGAAGAUGACUGUUGGUGCACAGUUCAAGAAUUCCCUGUCUGUUCUGAUGGAAUUACUGAACCUGUCAAACCCACACUUCGUCCGCUGCAUCAAGCCCAACACCAGCAAGGCUGCCAAGCUGUUUGAAGACAAGUUUGUCACAGCCCAGUUGCGAUACACUGGUAUGCUUGAGACCACCAGGAUCAGGCGUUUGGGAUAUGCGCUGAGGCCGCAGUUUGCUGACUUUGUCAGGAGAUACAAAGUGUUGGCCAGGAGUGCCAAGUUGUCAGAGGACAAGCACGGAUGUGUCAAGAUCCUGAAGACUGUCGGUCUGACAGACUGGCAUGUUGGGAAAACCAAGUUAUUUCUCAAGUACUAUCAUCAGGAUCAGCUGGAGGAACACAUGCAGAAACUGGGACGAUCAGCCAUGCACAUUCAAAAGAUUGUGCGUGGUUUCCUGGCUCGCUGUCGGUACAAGGCAAGAGUCAAGAAGGCCCAGCAGCAGAAAGACGAGAUGAACGCCUUCCUGCUGCAACUGGCCAAAAUGAGUCUGGAUCAGCAGCAUAAACUCUCCAAGGUCAUGCAGGGAGACAAGAAGAUUCCAAAGUCCUUCUUUGAAUCCAUUCGUAGAGGCGACAAAGUCAUCAAGAUUGAGGCCCCGGCCGUUCAGAUUCGGCAGGAUGCCAAUCAAAAGGGAGACAAGGAAUCCUCGGAAGAAGAAGGAGACGACGAUGACGAAGAUGAUGAGAUCAUCGAAGACGAGUUUGUCCGCAUCAAGCAGAACCUGUUCGGCAAGGAAGGCACCCGUCAGGCGUCAGUUCACUGGUUCAAGGCCACCCAGUCCAUGGCAGCCAGGGAUAAGAUGGGAACCUUUGCUACAUGGUUCCAUGGAAUCAUAACUAGGAGGAGAGCUGAAGAUUUACUUGCAGAUGAGCCGAUUGGCUCAUUCCUGAUUCGUGUCAGUGAGAGUCGGUUUGGCUAUUCCCUGUCUCUGAAAUCGGAAGGUCGCUGCAAGCAUUUCAUGAUUGACCUCACUCCGACUGGAAAGUACAUCGUUGUUGGUGAGAUGCCAGUCUUCAAGGAUCUGCAAGGGCUUGUGAAAUUCUACCAGAUGAAGCCUAUAUCAGCAUUUGGAGAUGUUCUGAAACAGCCUUGUGGACAAGCUGAGAAUGAGCUAGAUUACGCUGAGCUGCUGGCUGACAGGAAAGACAAGCGUGGGUCUGGCGUACCCUCGUCGCUCAUCAAGAAGAUGAAAGACAAGGGAAUGGAGGAUAACGAAGAGGGUUUUUAUUCGCCUGAUGGCUACAGCCUAGGGUCACCUCAAGACUCCCGCCAGGGAAAGCCUCCCAGACCAGUCAGUGAGGCAUCUUACCUCUAUGUGGACCCUUCCAAUGGAAAUGAGCCUGGUCGCACUAACAGCAUUGACGGAGUGCCUCCGCCUCUACCCGAGCGCCUAUAUUCCGGAGCUCUCCGCCAAUCCCGACCCCCAGCCCCACCCCCACCCCAAGGGGGCGAUAGGAAGUCUUUUCCGGCUGCCCGUGCCCCACCCGCUAAACCCUAUACCCCAAAGAAGCGCUAAGAAGGAGCAAAGGGGCCUCAGAUCAGCAAAAUGUCUCGUAACAGUGCAAGACGUUCAGCUGUGAGGGAAAACAAGUCGGGCAUUCGUCGGGGGAGCAUGGAUAAAUGAGCUUUCAUGCAUACAUGGAUUGAUCAGAUUUGUAUUUUAAUUGUCAAAGUAUUCAGAAAAUUGCUGGGUUGUUACUCAAUAAGCUUGGGUGUUUAUGUCUGUACAUGGUUUUAGCAUUUAUUAGCAUAAUUCUUCUGUAUUAUACGGCGCAAACUUUUCAAUUACUACACAGGUCACCUCAAGCAACUGUGGAUUUGAUAGAAAUAGGUAGUGAUUUGAAGUUUUAAUAAGAGAUUGAUUAUUACCCGACCAAUUUAGCUUGGUAGUUUUAAAAGAUAUCUGGUGGACAGCAUCAUCACAUCUAAAAGUUGUGGUGAAUGACGAACAAAUUGACCCUCACAAGUUUAACUGUGAACAACAUUUCUCUUAUGCACCUUGGUUGACAUUUUUAUCAGAAUUGUAUUGUUUUAAGUGAACAUAGCAGCAGCAUGAAUAGCAUAGUUUGUGUUCUUGACGAGUCCAUUUUUAUCAUGUUUCAAGUGGAUGCAGAUGUGAAGUGGACAUCUUAAAAGAAAAUGUGCCAAAGUGGUCAACGUUCAGAAAACUUUUCUGGAAAAUAUCAGUCGAUUAUUCUGUAAUUUUCUCAAUUGCAUUUGCAUUUGCAUUAACUUAUAGUGGGUUUAUUACCUGGGUAGAAUGAAAUUUCAUAAGCCUAGCUGGCACUACUUUUUUAUUUUCAUAAUUUUUGUUGUAUAUAGUCCUACUUUUUUUUCAGAAAAAACAAAGGUUUUGUAGAGAAAUCUAUAUUUUAAAGUUAUUUUGAUUAUCAUUUUAACAUUAGACUCAUUGGUAAUUGACGGAAUAUAAACCAAAAACUGUUUCUGCAGUCCGUACAGCAGGAUUUUAAGGGGAAAAAAAAGAAGAAUAUUUGGGUGACGGGUAAUGUUCCAUUGGUGGCAAAAAGAGUUGCAUUAGG